AUGAAUCAGUCGUCCCCAGUUCCUCGUUCGGACCACUCAAGUUACCCCUGUGCCUCGCCUUUGGAUAUUUCUUCGCCCUUGGAUAUUUCUUUGCCUUUGGAUAUUUCCACGCCUAAGAACUGUGUCUUCUGUUUUCUGAGUCCGGAACUGUCUUCUUUUAAGAGUUCAUACAAGAAUAUGGAUAAAUCAAUUUAUAGUAUACAAAAUACAGAAGAACUGAUUAACGGAUUGUUAAAAGAAUAUUAUAGGCAGAAGAAAGGUAUUUCCAUGGGAUCGGUCAUAGGACCAAAACUGGCUGAUAACUAUAUGAAUAAAAUAGAUGAAAGAAUUUCGAGUUUAACAGUUUAUGAUUCUCAAAUACUUUCAUCCAAACACAUUGAGGAAUAUGCAAAUAGAUUACAUAAAAAUUUAAAGUUUACAAGUGAAGAUGAACAACAAAAUAAAAUGAAUUUCUUAGAUGUCACCAUAAAAAGAGAAGAAACAAGUGUAUCAUUUAGUAAGUAUGAAAAACUAUGUAAUAAUGGUAAAACUAUUAACUUUAAAUCUUACUGUCCUUUAGAAAAUAAAAAGAAUGUCUUUAUUAUGGAAUUGAGAAAGAUAUUAAAUCGAACAACUCAGCAAGAAAAUAUAGACAUCGAAGUAAAACAAUUGUUUAAAAAAUUUCAGUUAAAUGAUUAUCCGAAGUAUAUUCUCUUUGCGAAUCAAAAGAAUAAGACGUCAAACAUUAUCAGCAUAAUAAAUAGUGAAAAUUCGCCCAGAGACCAAUUUAAGAUCGCCGGUGUCGUAUACAGGAUGUCAUGUACAUGUGGAAGCCCAAAUCAUUACAUUGGAGAAACCGGAAGAAAAUUGGAGUUGAGAGUAAAGGAACAUGAGGCGGCCAUUAGACUGAGAAUAACGGAAUCAACAUGGUUUUUACAUUGUAGAGAAUUUAAUUGUAAUAUAAAUAUAAAAAAUACUAAAAUAUUGUAUAGAAUAGAAAAUAAUUUAGAAAGAAAAAUUGUAGAACAUUUUUGUAUUGCCGAACAUGUAAAUUUGCUUAAUUUGAAUGCUGGAAUGAUUGUUGAUGCAUGAUGGGAACGGCUGUUGGGUAUAAAACGUAACCAGCGAGUAACAUCUUGAUGUAUCCACUGAGGAGGCCUGAUGCAUUUAUGGAUAAAAUUAAUAAAACAAUGAUUGUUCCUUGCCAUUUGUUUGUCGUGUUUUGGCUGAUAGAAUCCUCGAAGUCGGAAAUAGAAAGAGUAUAAUUUUACUUGUUUUUAAGUAAAAAUUUUAUUUUUAGUGUAUUAAUAUUGUUACCGAUCCCGUUGGUUUUAAUAAUUGAAUUUGAUAAACGUGUAAUAACAUAAAUGAUGUGUGAAUUGAUGAUUUUUGAAGUCGAGAAUAAUUUAAUAAACAUGUUCUGUUUUUGACGCCGUAUUACAAUCGAAACAAAGCUUAAAGCAUACCUGUGCGAGACAAAAGCCCUUCAUCUUGACGGCUUUCAAAGCCACUUUUUCAUCCGAAUUUUUACACCGAGCCAAAAAAACUGCACCGAAAUUUCCCUUUCCUAUUUCUUUA